AUGACAAUGAAUUUUUCAUCGACACAAAUAUCAACAUCUUCUUGUCAAUCAGAACAAAAAGAACAACAAAUUAGUUCACAAAAUCAACAUCAAGAAUUAUUACCGAUUUCUCAUAAAAAAUCAAUAAAAAAGACACAAUCUUUUCCAUUUGGAAAAUGUCGUAUCUGUCAUGAUGUUGCUACUGGAGUUCAUUAUGGUGUAAUUACAUGUGAAGGAUGUAAAGGUUUUUUCAAACGAUCAAUUACUCGAGGUGUUUCAAAUCAAUGUUUGUUUGCUAAUAAAUGUAUAGUUAGUAUAGGAACACGUAAUCGAUGUAAAUCAUGUCGAUUUAAUCGAUGUAUUGAACAAGGUAUGUCAAUGGAUAAUGUAAAAAUGGGUAGAAUACCAAAAAAAAUCAAAGAAAAAGCAUUAUGUUACUAUAAAGAAUGUCAAGAAAAAAAUAUAGAUCAUGAAACUGAAGAUGAUAAAAUGGAAGUGAUGAUAUUUUCACCUCAUCUUGAUGGGAAUUCAUCGAAUCAAAUGGUUAAAUCGACAUCAUCUUCACCAUCAGGAAAUAGUAUUAAUGAUAAUACACAACUAUCAAACAAUAAAAAUCCAUAUAUGCUUGUCGAUUCUCCAGAAAUCCUACAGUCUCUAAAAGAACCAUUUCCUUCUAUUGAUUUAAUUGAAUUAACACUAUCAUUAUCGAAUAAUUUUAAUCAUAAUUUAUCAUUACUUCGUUUACCAUCAGUUCUCUAUUCAUUAAAAUUAUCUGAAAAUUGGACAAAUUCAAUUAAAUUCAAUAAUGAUUUAUCAAUAGACAAUAAUACUCAAAUGACUGUGUCAAAAUAUAUAUCAAAUAUAAAUGAAAAUAUUUUAAUUGAUUAUAGAUUAAAUUGUAAUUUACAUUAUUCAAAGAAAAAUAUUCUUCAAAUAAUGAGAUAUCUUUUACCAAAACUUUGUCAACCAUUUCUUAUUUAUGAAUUUGAUUUUGAAAUUAUGUCAUUUUUUCGUUAUAUACGAUGGAAUGUAUUUAAAUCUUAUUUAAAACAUACAAAAAGAUUACGAAUACUUAUUAAACGAAUGUUUAAAUUAAUUAAUGAUGGUAUUACAAAUUAUUCAGACAUCAAUAUAACAUAUGAACACAUGUGGGAUGGCGUUCAAGCUAGUAUAGGAGUACAUGUUAAUGAAUUAACUGGUUUUGCACGAGAUACGCUUGGUCUUAAUGAAUUAAAUUCCAUUGAUUUUAUUCAAAUUCUAAAUAAUCGUGUAUUUGAUUUUUGGAUCGUAUUAAAUUAUCCAUUAUUUCAUAAAAAUGAAACUUAUAUAAUGACACCUAAUGGAUUACCAUAUACACGUUAUUUUAUGAAUAAAUUUAUUGGUAAAACAACUACUGACGCUUUACAUGAAUUUUCUCAACGUCUUCAUGCAUUAAAUAUGACACAAGUUGACCAUAGUCUUAUGAUGACUUUAGUCAUAUGUCAACCAGAUCAACAAAUAAAAGAUCAAGAAAAUAUACAUAUUAUUAAACAUUGUUAUAUGUAUGCAUUGUAUAUUCAAUUAUGUUCAACAAGACCAGAAAAUCAAGCUAAAAUAUUAUUUAAUAAUAUACUUGAGAUUAUCGAUAGUAUUAAUUCUCUUAAUGAACUUUGCAAGAAAAAUAUUGGAAAAAUUGUGCUCGAUAAAACGAUAUCACAUGAAUGA